AUGCCUCUAAGAAAGAAGGCUAGGAGCAAUACCAUGGCUUCCCAAGAUGGGCCAGACCAUGGUGAUUCUGAAUCAAGGCAAAAUGCAUCUUCUAGAGAGCAAGAAGUGCAAAGGGAGAUGAUGGAAACUAUCAAAGAAUUGAACAGUUCUGUCACUAAGCCAAGUGAAGAAAAUAACAGGCACCCACAGAAGGAGUCUGCUGCUACUGGAAAGGGGUCUAAACAAAAGGGACCGUCUUUUGUUACCCAAGAGGAUGUCGUUGCCAUGCUGGAAAAGGAACUUAGCCGAAGCCAGGAGGAUUGGAAAUACAUUCCUCAGCCACCAUAUCCAUCAAGCUUACUCCAGCAACCAUAUCCUAAAGGCUACGAGUGA